AUGAAGCCCAGGGACCCGGAAGCGGCUAGGGACCCAGUUUGCCACAUUGCGGUAAACCAGUUUAAAAGUGGUUCGUUUAAUCAGUUAAGAAGAGUGAAUGCACAGGCCGCACAACUGCGCACUCGAAGCGGUCUGCGCAUCAGGGCAGCUUCAGGGAGCAAUAAGGCGGACUAUCAUGAAACUAACCAGCAGCAAGCCCUACUUGAUGAGACGGCAUUGAUCCCGCCAAUAAGAUACGGCCAGUCGCUUGGGUCUGGCAGAAGGAAAUGCAAAGUUUUAAUGAUUGGCCUAUUGCUGUCGAGGAUUCCUUUGAAGUGCCAAAAAAUUCAGACGAGAAAGCAAAAUAUGCACCAGAACUCUGAUUAUCUGGGGGAAAUAAUUGCCUUAAAUUGGUUUUCUCACCUCCAGCCUGGUUAUCCUCUGAUCCCAGUCGGCAGACGUCCGGCAAUUUCAACCAUUGAUGACAUCGGAAUAACGCUAACAUGGCGAGAUUUAAACGUGUACGUCCCGAACAAAAAAAUUCGGGUUUGGGACCACAAUAGUGGAGGCAAAAACAAGCCUGAGGUCCGAAAACUGCCUCCGUUUAAAAGGGUCGUCAACAACAUCACGGGCUCUGUCAAACCCGGAAGUUUGUUGGCUGUCAUGGGAUCCAGCGGAGCUGGAAAAUCUACGUUUCUCCAAGCCAUUGCUAAUAGGUAUGCCAACAAGGUUAUCGUUGAUGGUCAAGUGCUUGUCAAUGGACAAACGAUGACCAAGAAAAUGGCGGAUUUCAGCGGAUUCGUGUACCAAGACGACGUAUUUAUUCCGACUUUAACAGCUCGGGAGCAUCUCACAAUCAUGGCUUCAUUGAAGCUCGAUAGACGAACUAGCGAGUAUCAGAAAAAAAUUCGCGUGGAAGAAUUACUGCAAGAGCUCGGCCUUCGUGGUUGCCAAGAAUCCCGGAUCGGAGAAUUAUUUACGGCUUCAUUGAAGCUCGAUAGACGAACUAGCGAGUAUCAGAAAAAAAUUCGCGUGGAAGAAUUACUGCAAGAGCUCGGCCUUCGUGGUUGCCAAGAAUCCCGGAUCGGAGAAUUCUCGAAAUCCGGGGCAUUGUCGGGAGGGGAACGAAAACGCCUGGCUUUCGCUGUCGAGAUACUUUCUGACCCGCCGGUGUUAUUCUGUGACGAACUCACAACCGGAUUAGAUUCGUUUAACGCGCUCUUGCUGAUCGGGAUGCUGAAGGACAUGGCAGCCAAGGGCAAAACAGUCAUCUGCACUAUUCACCAGCCUUCGUCUGAAGUGUUCGAGGUCUUCGAUCAGAUCAUGCUUUUGGCUGAAGGACGAACGGCAUUCCUCGGUUCUUCCUUCGAGUGCAUGCAUUUGGGCCACAAGUGUCCGUCGACAUUCAAUCCGGCAGAUUAUUACAUACACACGCUGUCGGUGGUGCCGGGACAGGAGCUCAAGUCUAGGGACAUACUCAAGCGGAUUUGCGAUUCGUUCGCCGUCUCGAGUUACGCCGGCGAAAUCAACAGCAUUGUUCAGUAUUUCGGCAACGUGAACCUUUGCAGCUCCGACUCCGGUUUGCUCGCCGUCUGCAUCGGAUUCAUUUACAUGGGCUUGACGUUGAAUCAGAAAGGAAUCCAGGAUACCGAGGGUUGCAUCUUCGUCUUCCUCACAGAAAGCAGCUUCUUGAGCACUUACGCAGUGAUACAAGUAUUUCCAGCCGAGUUGCUGGUCUUCACCAGAGAGUAUCGGAACGCUGUCUAUCGACUGGAUGCGUAUUACUUGUCAAAGGCCGUUUCUUUAAUUCCUGGUUUCGUUGUUGAGCCACUUUUGUUCACCACAAUCGCCUACUUCAUGGCUGGAAUGCGAUCAGGAUUCUACUCAUUUUUCAUGACUGCACUGAAUAUUAUAAUCGUUGCAAAUAUUUCCUGCGCAGCAGGUUGCUUUUUCUCGGCGACAUUUGAAACUGUGAACAUGAUCGUCAUCGUUCUCACACCGUUCAUGUUCAGUCAGGUUGUCACCGGAGGAUUUUUCCUUAAUCUCAGAUCGAUUCCAUGGUUCCUUCACUGGGUGCAAUACCUUUCGUGGUUCAGGUACAGCAAUGAGGCUAUGUCGAUAAUUCAGUGGGAGGGAAUCGAAAAAAUCGAAUGCGAAUUUUCGGAGGUAGACGUUCCUUGCAUGAGGAAUGGAACUCAGGUGCUGGCGAAGUACGGAUUCGAAGCAAGCAUGUUUUCUCAAGAUUUCUUAUUGCUUUUCCUACUGUUUAUUGCAUUCCACGUGCUUGGUUUCGUGAUGCUUUGGCGAAGGUCUGCUGUUAAAUCGAUUCCAUGGUUCCUUCACUGGGUGCAAUACCUUUCGUGGUUCAGGUACAGCAACGAGGCUAUGUCGAUAAUUCAGUGGGAGGGCAUCGAAAAAAUCGAAUGCGAAUUUUCGGAAGUAGACGUUCCUUGCAUGAGGAAUGGAACUCAAGUGCUGGCGAAGUACGGAUUCGAAGCAAGCAUGUUUUCUCAAGAUUUCUUAUUGCUUUUCCUACUGUUUAUUGCAUUCCACGUGCUUGGUUUCGUGAUGCUUUGGCGAAGGUCUGCUGUUAAAGAACAACAAAAAACUAGAUACAACACGGAGGUUUUGGUUUAUCAGUUUCGAGUUUUGGAACAACCCAUUUCGAGCAGACGUUUAGAAAGG